AUGGCCGACGAGCUGGACUACUUGCAGUCCGAUUUCGACCUAAACAACCUUACGGUCCCUCGCCUACGCUCUAUCCUCGUUAAUCACGAUGUGCCGUAUCCUGCGUCCGCGAAAAAGGCACAGCUGAUCCAAAUUCUGGAGGAUGAGGUCCUGCCACAGGCUAGGAAGCUGCUGCGGGAUCGUGAACGAGUCAGAAGGACAAGUGCGGGAAUUACAGACAUGGGAAGCCGAGCUUCGUCUGUUGUCAGUGAUAGGGACGACCGCGACUCGAUGCCUCCGCCACCAACGCCAUCCACCGUUUCUUCGAUCACAGGAACCAGACGAGGAACUUCGCGACGAAGUGCCCGUGCGUCGACUAUUGAAGAAGACGAAAAACUCACUCCAUCCACCCCUGUCCCCGCAACAAAGCGAAAAAGCACGGCUCGUUCCGUAGGCAAGCACCCUCGGGCUUCGGAUACAGAGACUGGUGAUGACUUAAUGGCGACUCCAGUCGCAGCUCUUGGUGCUUCACCCCGAAAAUCUACGGCAAGGAAACUCCGCCGCAGCUCGGUUCUUCCCUCCACAGAGAGCGACGAAUUCACCCAAUCUUUCAAGACGGAGCCGAGGGAGGAAAGUGUCUUUACUGACGACAAUCCUUUUCAAAGUGGCAGUCCUUCUGAGAUUCCGCGAAGCAGACCAGCAAGCCACGAUGGCAAACGCAAUAGUGGCACGCCCUUCUCAACUGAGAGCCCGGGUUUGAAGAGUGGAUUGCGGUCACGGAGAUCAGCUACUCCCGCCAGCGUAAAACAGGAGGAUGGGAUCAAGGCCCCGGCGAGGGAUUCCUUUGACUUCGCUCCUCGACUGAGGCCCACAAAGGAGGAAUCAGAGGAUUCCGAAGAGGAAUCCGAGGAUGAAAGUGAAGUUGGUGCUGGGGAAGAAUUUACACCGGAGGAACAGCUCGCCCUUGAGACUGAACAGUAUGCGCCAGGUCCUCAGGCCCGCAAGCGCUUGCGAAAGCAGGGGUCUACUAGUGUGGUAGCUUCCUGGCUAGUAAUCGUUCUGGUUCUUGUUGGAUUCGGUGCCUGGUGGCGCAAGGAAAAGAUUGAGAUUGGGUACUGUGGUCUUGGAAAGCCUACCUGGUCGUUAGCUGAAACCAAUGUACCAGAGUGGGCCAAUGUUUUGGAGCCGGCCUGCGAGCCCUGCCCGCCUCAUGCAUUCUGCUACCCGGAUUUCGAGGCACGCUGCGAACACGACUUCAUUCUCAAGCCCCAUCCUCUCUCCCUAGGUGGCUUGGUACCUUUAACCCCAACAUGCGAGCCUGACAGUGAAAAGGCGCGUCGUGUCAAGGCUGUUGCCGACAAGGCUGUAGAGGAGCUACGGGAGCGCAGAGCCAAGUGGGAAUGUGGUCAAUUGCAAGAUGAAGGCAAAGAGCCAUCUCCUGAGAUCAGUGAACCGGAGCUGAAGGAAGAAGUUGCAAAGAAGCGCCGCAGGGGCCUCAGUGACACCGAAUUCGAUGACCUGUGGAAGGGUGCGAUUGGUGAGAUCAUGGAUAAAGAUGAAGUCGUGAGCAACACAAGACAACCCUCCGCUGUCCUCGUCCUCACAUCAACAUCCACUUCACGACUCCCAUUCACAUGCGCCGCCCGCCGUUACGUCCGACUCGCUCUCCUCGCGUAUCGACUCCCUCUUUCACUUCUAGUCCUUGGCAUUGCUUCCCUCGUGUAUGCUCGCGCUCGGGUUCGUGCCCGCCGCUCGGACAUUGCCCGUGUGCCUGAUUUAGUUGCCACAACACUUGACCGCCUGGCCACACAAGCUGCACUAUAUGCCCGUGGGGGUGCAAUGGAACCCUAUGUUCCCAUUGGCCAACUCCGUGACGACGUUCUACGCUUCGAACUGCAUGGUAAACGGCGUGAAGAGUUGUGGAGCCGUGUGCGCCGCGUGGUUGAGGGGAAUGCUAAUGUCCGAGCUGCUGUUCGUGAAGGGCGCAGCGGUGACGUCGCUCGAAGCUGGGAAUGGAUUGGUGGCAUUGGUAGUGUCGGCGCCAGUGGUGGUCCCGGCAAACAAGACGACAGCGCUCGCCGUGACAGCGGCCGACUGUCUUUGUCUUCUCCCCUGGGCAAUGCCGAGGCCGAUAGCCACGUAGCUGCCAGCACCGAAGAUGCAUCCACUUCUUCCAGACAGUCCCGACGUUGGGACGAGGGCCGUCCGAUCUACUAA